AUGGCCCAGCAGGACUUCCUCCUCAACCCAAACCCAUUCGACUUCCCCCGCGAACAGCAGCAGCAGCCAUUCAGCCCAGCCUACAACGUCAACGCAUUCGGACGGAUGGCCAACGAGGGCACCAACAGGGCCCUCCAGGAGGCGAUCGAGAAGCUCACCCAGACCGACCAGGAGGCCGUCAACACCGUCUGGAGCAUCUUCAGCGCAUCCAACGGCCACCGCCGGAGACUCAUCCUCACCGGCCUGCUCACCAUCUGCUGCCCCUCCCAGCUCACCUUCCUGACCGACUCGCUCCGCGCGGCCUGCCGGACGGACCCCUUCAGCCGGCUCCCCAAGGAACUCAGCCUCCGGAUCCUCUCCUACUUCGACGCAUUCAGCCUCGGAAGGGCCGCCCAGGUCAGCAAGCUCUGGAAGAAACUCGCCGACGACGACCUCCUCUGGCGCGAGAUGUGCCAGCAACACAUCGAACGCACCUGCCAGAAAUGCGGCUGGGGCCUCCCCUCGAUGCAGAAGCGCAAGCGAUCCCCCUCCCUCCCCAGCUCGCAUCAGCAGCAACAGACCCAGACCCAGCGACCCUGGAAGUCGGUCUACACAGAACGCCUGGCACUGGAGCGCAACUGGCGGAAGGGGAGCUACGUGGAGAGCGUACUAACGGGGCACACGGACUCGAUCACCUGUCUGCAGUUCGAGGAAGACCUGACGUCGCCGAGCUUCCCGAUCCUGAUGACGGGGAGCUGGGACCGGACGAUACGGAUCUGGAACGUGGACCGGCAGGAGUGUGUGCAGGUGCUGCACGGGCAUGCGCGGGGGAUCAAGUGUCUGCAGUUCGACUCCCACAAGCUGAUCUCCGGGGCCAUGGACCACACGCUGAAGAUCUGGAACUGGCGGACCGGCGAAUGCUCCCGGACCAUCCUCGGCCACAACGCGCCCGUGACCUGUCUGCACUUCGACCACCAGCUCCUCGCCUCGGGCUCCGCGGAUGGCUCGAUCCGCAUCUGGGACUUCUCCUCCGGCGCCGGCUUCGUCCUCCGCGGCCACACCGAAUGGGUCAACACCGUCCGCCUCGACACCAAGUCCGCUCCGCCCGGCGCCGCGCCCUUCAAGCUGCUCUAUUCGGGCUCCGACGACGGCACCGUCCGGCUCUGGAACCUCGCCGCCCGCCAGACCCUCAAGGUCCUCCACGGCCAUGUGGCCCAGGACGGCGCAGAGGUCCGCGUCGAGGGCUCCUGCGAACGGACCCUGUUCGGCCACAUCCAGGGCGUCUGGAGCAUCGACGCCGACAAGCUGCGCAUCGUCAGUGCCUCCCACGACCGCUCGCUCAAGAUCUGGGACCGGCUCACCGGCAAGUGCGUCCACACCUUCGUCGGCCAUCGCGGCGCGGUCUCCGCGGUCAAGCUCACCGACGACAAGAUCAUCAGCGGCGGCGACGACGGCGAAGUCCGGAUUUGGUGGUUCGGGCCCAUCGCGGCGUGA